AUGGUUUCUAUCUUUGAAGCGGAAAUUUUGGGCCUCCUACUGGCCAUAGAAUAUGCGGUCAUCAACAUGUGGUCUCAUUUAUGGCUUGAAAGUGAUUCUAUUAGUGCGGUUCAAGCCUUCCAUAAACCAUCUCUUAUUCCUAUUUGUCUUCGGAAGAGGUGGCAUAAUUGCUCUCAAAAUAAUUUGUUUCUCAUUUGCUCGCAUAUCUUCCGCGAAGGAAAUGUUUGUGCUGAUGGCCUUGCUGCUUUGGGACAUGAUGUUCAAGACACGGUUUGGUUCACGUUGUUGCCUUCAUCUUUGGGGGCGGACUUUGCUAGGGACAGACAUGGGUUACCAAACUUUAGAUUUCCUUAA